AAGCUGCAUUCUUGCUGGUCACAAAUGAACAGGUUUGUCGUGUUGUCUGAAGACAGCUAUGCAUUCCUGAACAUUUUCAGUGGCUCUGAUUGGGUGGUUUACAUUGUGACCUUGAAAGGCAAUUAGAGUUUGGAAUGCUGGAGCUGUUUGAAGCAAUGGGUGCUCUGGGGAGACCUUGUUAACAAGGCAAAUAAGCAAAAAAUGCCUUGGAGGAGGAGAAAAUAAGAGGGAACUUCUGUUGCUGCAAGAUGAAGUGCCCUGGAAAGGAGAGGUGUGGUGAGAAAAUAAAUCUUGGUAAUAACAGCAGGAAGUGAGAAAGAGCAACACGGUUUGGAAAUGAGCAAAAGAUCCAGGUGUGCUAGCCAGCAUCAACAUGUUUGGCAAGAAGAAAAAACGCAUUGAGAUCUCUGCACCUUCCAACUUUGAGCACCGCGUGCACACCGGUUACGACCAGCAGGAGCAGAAGUUCACGGGGCUGCCUCGGCAAUGGCAAGGCAUCAUCGAGGAGUCAGCCAAGCGGCCCAAGCCACUGGUGGAUCCUGUGUACAUUACAGCCGUCCAGCCUGGCUCUCAGAAGACCAUCGUGCGAGGGAACAGAGCUGCCAAGGAUGGCUCACUGGCUUGGCUGCUGGAUGAGUUUGAGAACAUGUCGGUGUCCCGUUCCAAUUCACUGCGCAGGGACAGCCCUCCCCUCCCGGCCCGGCACGAGCCGCUGUACCAGGAGAACGGCCUGAGCGAGGCCUUGGCCAAACAACGCCCCCGACCCCCUAGCGAGGACAGCAGCAGGAGCCGAGAGCACAAGGAGCGGAGCCGCCAUGUUUCCAGGAGCGAGACGGAGCAGGGCAGGGAGAGGAGCAGGGAGAACAGGACUGCCACACAGCACCCCCGGGGGCAGGAGCCCCCCGGCAGAUCUCAUCGGCCACCCCCUCCAAAGUACCACAAGUUCUCCUCAGACAACAGACACAGAGCCCACGAGCGGGAUGGGAGAAAGGAGCUCCCGGUGGAAAAGGAGACGUCCGACCACGUGGUCAGGAAGGACCGUGCCGACUGCCCUGAGAAGAGACCCAAGUCUACGUUCUUGGGGGAGACCAGCCCGCAGUCCCCCCGGGAAAAGCGGCCUCUCUCGGGACCAAAUAUCCGGACCCCCAACAUUCCCAUCUCCGAGGGGGUCAUGAAAACAGCACAGCAGACUGGGCGGCCUUUUAACACAUAUCCACGAGCCGACACCGAUCCAGUCAGGGGCUCACAGGGGGAGCACAGAUCUGGGAAGCCACAGGAAAGUACAUCCAACGGCCCCAUAAGUGGACACAGCGGACCCUCAAGGGUACCACCCUCAGGCCCUGUGAGAUCCAGGAACGCGGAGCCCCCUCAUGCCGGACUCUCCCAGCACGCCUCUGAUCCUCACUUAACACACACCCCACAGCCUGCCCCUCCCCCCUGCUACUCACAGCAGCCAGCUGCCCAGCAGCCUCCGCUUCCCCCUCCCCCAGUCCCACAGCAACAGCCCCGUUCCCCGCAGCGCGAGCCCCAACGCGUCUCGCACGAGCAGUUCCGAGCUGCCUUGCAGAUGGUGGUGGACCCUGGCGACCCUCGGUCCUACCUGGACAACUUCAUCAAGAUCGGAGAAGGCUCCACCGGCAUCGUCUGCAUUGCCACAGUCAAAAGCUCCGGGAAGCUGGUGGCUGUCAAGAAAAUGGAUCUGCGCAAACAGCAACGGCGAGAGCUGCUGUUCAAUGAGGUGGUGAUCAUGAGAGACUAUCAGCACGAGAACGUGGUGGAGAUGUACAACAGCUACCUGGUUGGUGAUGAGCUGUGGGUCGUCAUGGAGUUCCUGGAGGGAGGAGCCUUGACAGAUAUCGUCACGCAUACCAGAAUGAAUGAAGAGCAGAUUGCGGCUGUCUGCCUCUCUGUCCUGAAGGCAUUGUCUGUCCUCCAUGCGCAGGGAGUCAUCCACCGAGAUAUCAAGAGCGACUCUAUCUUGCUCACACAUGAUGGUCGGGUUAAGCUGUCUGAUUUUGGAUUCUGUGCGCAAGUGAACAAGGAGGUGCCACGACGCAAGUCCCUGGUUGGGACCCCUUACUGGAUGGCACCAGAACUCAUCUCCCGAUUGCCCUAUGGCCCAGAGGUGGACAUCUGGUCCCUGGGUGUGAUGGUGAUUGAAAUGGUCGAUGGGGAGCCCCCCUAUUUCAACGAGCCCCCCCUAAAGGCUAUGAAGAUGAUCCGAGACAACCUGCCCCCCAAACUGAAAAAUGUGCACAAGGUUUCCCCUUCCUUGAAGGGCUUCCUUGACCGCUUGCUGGUCAGAGAUCCAGCCCAAAGAGGCACCGCAAACGAACUCUUGAAGCACCCCUUCUUGGGAAAAGCUGGGCCUCCCUCCUGCAUCGUGCCCCUGAUGAGACAGAACCGGAUGAGAUGAAAGGAGCCAAAGGAACUGGACUUCUUGCCAAAGAGAGAGGAGGGCGGGGGAACCACCCCCUUCCCCUGCAAGUUCUCCUAAGCAGCUGGUCAUCCGCCAGGGAUGGUGGGGCCCCUGUGGUGUCUCCUUGCCGUCUUCCCCUUGGAGUUAUGGGCUCCUCAUGCCCCCCAAGCCAGGUGGACUGAAGCAGGUCAGCGAGGGACCCGCCCCUCACAAGGGCUGGCCUUUUUUGUCCUGCUGACAAAGACUGAAGCAGCAGAUUCCCUACUGGAUACAGACCCCUCCACCCCUCCUUCCUGACCCCACUGCAUCCCCAUCUCUGGAAAGGGGGCUUUCUGCCCCCCCCCUUUCUGUACUACUGAGCUGUGAGGUGGGAAUAAGACUUGUGGAGACGAUUUUGUUUAUCUGGGUUUGCAUUUUCAGAGACUGCACUGUUUCCGAUUCCCAUGCAGUUGUUUAUCUUGGCAGAGGCAAGCCAGAACACAGAGGGCACCUCCAGCAUCAACCUCUGGAGACGGCUCCCCCACCCCCCUUCCUCCUCUCUUCCAGCAGUACAGCCUUUCUCUUGAAUUGUGUACCAAGUGGACAGGGACCAUCAGGAACAGGCACAACAAGCAGCACUUGCGCUCGCACUCUGUCUGUCUGUCUGUCUCACUCUCUCUCUCUCUCACACACACACACAGGGGAAGCUUGUGGGGCAUCUGUUUCUGUAGAAGGGAGAGGCAGUAGAGCCACAGACCAUCUUCAGGUGUCCCCAUCCAAGAAAGACUCCACCUGGAGCUGAUCACAAUCUUUGGUGGGAAGAAGCCCAGGACCCUGCUGAUUCUGCUUCCUUUUGUUUUGAGGGGAGGGAGGAAAUGAAGACAGUUCCUUUCAAAGUAACGGGUCUCUGCAGACCCUUCCUUGCCAUGAGUGGUUCUGUCAGAUUCUUUAUCCAGACCCAGAACUAGCUUGCCGGCCUAGCCAGGUGGCAGCUGCUCAUCCCUUGCCCUUUACCUGGGGAGGGAGGGGGUCAGUCACGCCUUGGACUCUGAGACGAUGCUCUCAGUUGGGGUUUGUGGCCGGCCGGCGCUUCAGUGUCGCCGAGGAUAGGGUUCCUGUUGCUGUGGAGCAGGAGAACCUCUGGACAGGAAAUGGGGCAGGCAGGCAGACCGGAGCCUCUGAGCUCCCUCACCAUGUGCCUGCAGGUGCUACUCCGGGAGCCACCGUCAGCAGCCCAGGUGAGCCUGCCUUGGAAAGGCAGCUUUGAAUGGUAAACCCUGGACUUCCUCUGGCUCCAGAAAAAGCUGGCUUGCUAGCUGCUUCUCUUGGCCGGCCGGCCGGCAACAAAAUGCCCAGCAGGACAUUACUAUGCUGCCCCUCCAUCCCUCCCCUUCCCCCCAAUCUGCGCUUUCUGUCUCCUGCUGCUGUCUGCUUGGCCUUGUAGCCACACGUGGCCGUUGCUUCCUGCUCAGACCCCAGCAGCCUCGCCCUCUGCUGGCUUUGGAGUUUCUGGGUCUGUCUUCCCAGAAGGUGACUGGUGGAUUUGUCAGCUUGGGAUAGAGCCUGACCAGAUUUGCGUUCCUGUCUCAAGCCCUGUGCUGACCACUGGCCUCUGCUCCAGGAGGCAGGGCGGUGGGAUUGCCCCUUCCCUGAUUCUGAUUGGGUCAGGAGAUAAAAAGAGCCAAGCCUUGUUGGGGGUCUGCAGAACAGAGAGCAGCGGGGGGUGGAGGCCGGGCUUUUGGAGCUGUGGGCACCUUUUGGCAUUAGUGCAACUGCUUGUUGGAGAGGGGAGGAGGCCCCUCCAUCUGGGCUCCACAUCGUGCCAUUGCAUGCUGUACAGUUCGGGCUCCUCUGCAUGCACAAAUGACAGGGAAUGGGCUUUUCUUUAAAAAAAUGUGGAGACACUUUAGGGUGCAUGUUCUGCAACUCCUUCACUGUCACAUCUUUUCACGCUCCUCCUUUCCCGAAGGGACUCCAAUCAGGUGUGUUUGGUCCCUGCAGAUCUGCCUCCCUCCACCUCUCACCACAAGUUUUUGGGGAUCUCUGUUCAAAGCCUCCACUCGCUUACUUCUUUCUGAGAGGAAGACCGGCCAUCUUCGGCAAUGGCCCUGCAAGGCUUCCCUUUCCAUCGCUGAGAUUUGUUUGCAUAGCGUGGGGGGCAGCCCAGUCCACAGGGCUGUGGUGGCCAGGGAUGGUGCCAACCCCAUGCCGCCUCCAGGGGACUUUCAGGUGGCACAAGGAGGCGGCAGCAAGAAAGGAAAAAACCCAAUCAUCUGUAAGUCCCUCCAAGAAGCCCAACAAGUCUGAGACCCCCCCCCCCCCCCCCGCCAACCCUCCUGGCACAGAUGCCCAGGUGGAAGCUGAUUAAAAUGGGCUCCACCAUUGGGAACGCCGCAGGCCGUCCUCUGACCCUGCACCAGUGUCCACUUGGAUGCCAGCGUAGCUUUGCAGUCGUGCCAACUUCUGGGUUUGCCUGGCACAGAACUGCAGGGGGGAGUGACCGGGGGCUGCCAUCUUUGCUCUCUCUGCUGGGUGCCCCAUAUACCAGUGGAGGGGACAAACUCAUCAGCAUGGGCCUCCGCUGCAUCCCGAAGCGGAUUCAGGCUGGAUUGGGCUGUGAGAAAUGCUCUGGGAUAGGAGUGUCAAGAGUGCCUUUCACCUGCUCCCCCAGGGAAGCCGUGUGGUGGGCAUGGAACUUUUGUGCAAUGGCAUUCUUCAUUCAUGUUUCUGAUGUGUUGUUUCCUCUGUAAAAAUCAUUACCCCGGUCAUAUAGUGAGGCAAGCAUCAUGGGCUUCCAGUCGGCUGCCUUGCCUCUAUACCUGUGGGUAUUUCUAUCUCUACUGCUUUUUCUCUCAGUGGCUCAAAGGUGUUCCACCUCUGUGAAGGGGUGGCUUUGCUUCCAAACUCCCUCUGACCCCUCCUUUCCUUCCCACACACCAGCUUUGCUUUCCUCUUGAACAUGAAUGUCCAGCCCCCCUUGUGGCUUCCCUGCUGCCAGGUGCUCAGUGGGGUGCGGGGGGUGGGGGCAGAGUUUUCUGUUUGGACCUCAGAAUGGAAUCCUUUUUGUGGCCAAUCCUGUGAAAUCUGGCAACUUGUUCCUCUUGGCAGGGAUCAAUCAAUCUUCUGCCUUCAUCAGCACCCUGGCCAGCCCAUGGCUGAAAAGCUGGGUUGCUCCACAUCUGGGAAGAGGUUUGAACUUGAUUGCAGCAUUAAUCUGAGCUGAGCUUCAUCUUGCCUGUGUAAGUGGGAGGGGUGGCAGUCCAGAAUUUGCUUGCUGGUGCCCCCCCCCCCCCCCCCGCUCAUGGACAGCUGGCUGCUGUGUUGUCUGGAGUCACUCACAGAAACUUUAAAGGCACUAGUCUCAAGGAUGUGAAACACUACAUGUUCUCUGUGGAGGAAAUCUCGUACUUUUAACCAAUGUUUGGUGAGUUCAGGCCCUUUUCUCUACAAAACCCUGUCUGGCAGAUGGGUGUUUGGUGAGGGCCCGAAGGGGCCUAGGCACCUGGCCCUGUGCCCCACCCCACCUGGGCAGCUUCAAACUAGAGCGAAGAUUUUUACCUAACUGGAGGUUUGGGAUGAGGGCUUCACCCCUCUGCCCUUCAAGAAUGACUACUGAAUCAUUUUGUGGGUUUUUGUUACCUUUUUUUAAAAAAAGAGAAGUUAUUUAUAUUGUCUUUUUUUGUAACACAACAGUAUUUUGCGUUGGGACUCUUCAUCAUCCCCCCCCCCCCCCCAGUUCUUCUGGACAGACCUGCUGUGACUAACUCUAGUGGCAGUUCAGCCAUGACAUGUAUUGUAUAAAGGAUUUGAAUUUCAUGUGA